GGGUCAUACCACCGACUACAUUUCCCAUGAUGAACUGGCUUUAACCGGAAGUAGCUACGUGUUCAUUUUUGCGACAGGUCAGGAAGCAUCUGCAUAGAGCUUGAGAAACAAGCAGAAAGUGGUGCUUUCUCCUGGGAAGGAGUACCGCAGGAAUAGCACCAUGUUGCCGACCACCUCGCCGCAAAGCAACGGCGCCCUCGGUUCGAGGGAUGCUGCACGUCACACAGCAGGCGCCAAGCGCUACAAAUACCUGCGACGGCUGCUCCAUUUCAGACAGAUGGACUUUGAAUUUGCCCUGUGGCAGAUGCUGUACUUGUUCACGUCGCCACAGAGAGUUUACCGCAACUUCCACUACAGGAAACAGACCAAGGACCAGUGGGCCAGGGAUGACCCUGCUUUCCUGGUCCUGCUCAGCAUCUGGCUGUGUGUGUCAACAAUAGGCUUCGGUCUGGUGCUGGACAUGGGAGUCCUGGAGACUCUGAAGCUGCUGCUGUGGGUGGUUUUUGUUGACUGCAUCGGAGUGGGUCUGCUCAUAUCAACACUGAUGUGGGUUAUCACCAACAAAUACCUGUUGAAACAUCCCAGCAGAAACUUUGACGUGGAGUGGGGCUAUGCGUUUGAUGUUCACCUCAACGCUUUCUACCCCCUUCUUGUCAUCCUGCAUUUCCUGCAGCUCUUCUUCAUCAACCAUAUUGUGGUCAUAAACUCAGACUGGUUCCUGGGGUACUUCGUUGGAAACACUUUGUGGCUAAUCGCCAUCAGUUAUUAUCUCUACAUCACGUUCUUAGGAUACAACGCUCUACCCUUCCUGAAGAACACCGUAGUGCUUCUCUACCCCUUCGCUCUGCUCGGCCUCAUCUACGUCCUCUCUGUCUCUCUGGGCUGGAACUUCACCCAGGGUCUCUGCUGGUUUUACAAGUACAGAGUCCAGUAGGACCAGUUUGGCACCUGAAGUUGGACUCUAGUUUGCUCCAGGCCGAUUCAAAAUCCUGUUUUCAGCACACCUUUAGGUGGCAGCAAAUCUUUUUCCAUCUUCUGCGGUUGAGGAGGACUUGGUCUGUGGUUUACUCUCAGUAAACCGGGACACUGGAUUUGACUGACUCUCAAUGGACUGUCGAUUUUCUGUUCGACUCUUAUGUUGAGCUCCAGAAUCAGUGAACAGUGACAGGGGGGGAACCGAUGAGAUACAGCUUUUAUUGUUGUUCUUUUUGUAUGAUUUGUAAAUAGUACUCUGGCUAGGUUGUAAGAUAUACUUUGAUGAUUGUUUCUGAAGAGGAAAAAAAAAUUGGUUUGUUUCUUUGAGUUUUCUUAAAAAAAAUUAAAAGAAAAAUGUAAUCCUCCUUAUUGAAAA